AUGGAUGAAUUAAAUAAAGAAGAAAUUGUGGAUAAUAUUAAGAAUGAGAAAGGUAAAACUCGUAAAGGACAAUUAAUUUUGAAGAGAAGAGAAGGAGUAUAUGAAGAGGGUUCUAAAUAUUGUUUAUUUAUUUGUAGUAAUAAAAGAUCUUUAAUAUUAAAAAACUUUAUGCAUGAUAUAUAUAAUAUUUAUAAACCUUUAACUUGUUAUAUGCCUAAAGCACAUCCAAAUUUAUCAAAUAUAAUUGAUAAGAUAGAUAAACUAGUUGAUAUAUGUAUUCAUAAUAAUUGUUCUUUUUUUUUUUCUGUAUUUUCAACAAAAAAAAAACCUUCCAGAUUUAUUAUUGGAAGGUUAUUUAAUAAUAAAAUAUUAGAUUAUUAUGUUUUCAAUCUUUUGUCAUAUAUACCCUUAAAAUUAUUCUCACUAUCAAAAGAAAUAUUAUAUGAUACAAAGCCUUUAGUAUUAAUUCAAGGAGAUUAUUUUGAAAAAAAUGAAACAAAUAGGUAUGUAAAAAAUAUCUUAUUCGACUUUUUUAAGCAUAAAAAUGUUGAAUCCUUUUCUAAAAAAUCAAUACAACGUUUGAUAGUUAUAAGUUCAUAUCAGAAGAAUGACUCGAAUGUGAUUCUAGCGUCUGACACAAAAGGGGAAGAGGACCACAAUAAUAAUAAUAAUAAUAAUAAAAACAACUAUACAUAUCAUAAUAAUAAUGAUAAUCGUAUUGAUGAUAGUUUUAAUUAUGAUGAUGAUGCAACAUUAGAAGUAACUGAAGAUGCCAUGAGUACUACAAAAGAAAACCUCAAUGAUUCCUCAAAAAGUGUAGAAAAUAUUUACAACAACCUGAAUACAAAUAAAUUUAAUACACAACACAAAUAUGACGAUAAAGAUAAGAAGAACAUAUAUGUUAUAUCAUUUAAUCAAUAUUUAAUUACAAAAGAAUUUUUUAAUAUAAAUAAAGAAAAUGAACAACGUCCUAAGCUACAAGAAAUAGGACCAAGAUUUGAAUUCUCUUUAGAAGAAAACUACAAAAUACCUGAAUAUAAUUUAUUUCAAGAAGCAUUAAGAAACGUUAAAAAACAAAAUAAAUCAAAAAUUAAAAAUACCCAUGUCGAUGAAUUCGGUCAUAACAUUAAAAAGGUUUAUAUACAGAAGCAAAACUUUAAUAAGCUACAUACAAAGCAUACAAAAUUUGUUAAGAAAAAUAAAUUCAACACAUAA